CACCUUAAACUCACCUCUCAUCGAGAAUUUGAGAGAAUCAUUUGUUUGUAUCUGUCACUGUGAGGUUGUAAAUUUUCUCUCUCUAUUUCCGGCCGAAUGGAAAUCAUAUUCAAACAUCAAAAUGGCAAUGAUUGAAACAGCCAUUUUAUAAUUGCACUUUGGAAUUAAGAAGAGCCAUUCAUUCAAAAUUUUUCAGUAAAAUCUCCUCAAACCCUUAAACUCAAGUAUAAUGAGUUCUCUGCAAUGGAUACUUGUCUUCUCAAUCUGUGCUACUCUAUUAUUGACGACAAAAGCCGGCCCUGAAGCCGAUAAAAUCACCAGUUUGCCGGGUCAACCUCAAGUCACUUUUCAGCAAUAUUCAGGAUACAUAACCAUUGAUGAGCACCAAAAGAAAGCUCUUUUUUACUACUUCGUUGAAGCAGAAACAGACCCAGCUUCAAAGCCACUUGUACUUUGGUUAAAUGGAGGGCCUGGUUGUUCUUCCGUUGGAGCUGGAGCUUUCACGGAGCAUGGUCCUUUUAGGCCAAGUGGAGACGUAUUGCUCAAAAACGAAUAUAGCUGGAACAAAGGAGCAAAUAUGUUAUACCUGGAAUCACCUGCUGGGGUUGGCUUCUCCUAUUCAGCUAAUAAAUCUUUCUACUCAUAUGUCAACGAUGAGAUCACAGCGCGAGAUAAUCUUGCCUUCCUGGAAAGCUGGUUCAAGAAAUUUCCAGAAUACAGAAAUAGGGAUUUUUUCAUCACUGGGGAGAGUUAUGCCGGCCACUAUGUCCCACAAUUAGCACAACUGGUAAUUCAAUCCAACAUGAAGUACAAUUUCAAGGGAAUAGCAAUAGGAAAUCCUCUAUUGGAAUUUGAUACUGAUUUCAACUCACGGGCUGAGUACAUUUGGUCUCAUGGACUGAUAUCAGAUUCUACUUUUGAAAUGUUCACUUUAGUUUGUAACUAUUCUCAAAUUAGGAGAGAAAUUGAAAAUGGAACUCUUACCACGGUUUGUUCUGAAGUCAUAAGAGAAGUUUCAAGAGAAGUUAGCAGAUCUAUCAAUGCUUACGAUAUUCUUAUCGAUGUUUGUUUAUCAUCCAUUUCCUCACAGUCUCAGUUCCUGAAUAAACUGCAAGAACCAGCAAAAUUAGAUGUUUGUGUGGAAGAUGAAACAUAUAAAUACUUGAACCGAAAAGAUGUACAGAAGGCUCUCCAUGCUCAGCUUGUUGGAGUUACUGAAUGGACAUUUUGUAGCGAUUUAGUCAAAUAUGAUGCACGAAAUCUAGAGAUACCUACCAUUCAUAUUCUAGGAACACUUGCCAAGUCUGGCAUCAGGAUCUUGGUUUACAGUGGAGAUCAAGAUUCAGUUAUCCCAUUAAUUGGAACUCGGAAAUUAGUGAAUAAAUUGGCAAAGGAGUUGGGAAUGAAAACAACUGUGCCUUAUAGAGCCUGGUUUGAGGGAAGACAGGUUGCUGGAUGGACACAAGUUUAUGGCGAUAUCUUAACGAUUGCUACAAUUAGAGGAGCAUCUCAUGAAGCUCCAUUUUCACAGCCUGAGAGGUCACUUGUUCUGUUUAAUGGAUUUCUGGCAGGAAGGCCACUGCCAGAAGCAUAAUGGUCGAAUGACCAUAUUCAUGAACUAAUGUUAAUUUUAUAAUUAAUGCAAUUAAUUUUGUAAGAAAAACAUGUCAUUUUCAUUUUGUUACUUCCAAAAGCAAAAAUUGUGGCUGCUGGAAGAGGUGACUGUGCUCCUGACUUGCUGGUUGUUUUAGAUUUUGGUCUGUGGAAGUAACAGCUAUUGAUUGCUGGAAGUGUUACGCUGGCUGCUAGUCCCCAGCAAAUCAUGCACACUGUAAUUUGCUUUUUAUUACGAUUGUUAGUGCUAUUCUUAUUUAA